ACCUGGGAGAGUGAAGGAAAACAGACGAGUGAAGCCACCUCUGCACAGGGGUCUGAUCUUUUGAUCCCGUUGCUUUACAUACAUGCACACAUACAUGCACACUUCUGGUGGAGUCUGAUGUGAUCUGGCCAGUCUCUGCUGCCCAGUAGGAGGGCAAGGAGGCAUACAACAGGGGACUCUGUUACAGUCAAAGAGAGAAGACCGAGAGGAAAAGAAAGAAAAAAACACCGGUGAAUGAGUUCUAGAAAGAGCCUGCCCUCUUCAGUGAAACUCAACCCCAUGCUCCUCCAUCCUCUCAGGGGAUGGCCAAGGUCCAGGAUGGACACACAAAGACAUGUGACAGCUCUGCGAUGUUAGAAGAGAGCCAGGAUGGUAGGGACAGUGGUAGUCUGACUCCUGGCUCAGCUCGACAGGUGUGUAUCCAACGUCACCCUAACCAAGGCUUUGGCUUCAUCGCAGGCAGCCAGCGGCCAGUGAUCGUGCGCUCCGUCUCUGCAGACGGCCCCUCCAUUGGUAAGCUCCUCCCAGGUGACCAAAUUCUAGCCAUCAACGAUGAGGUGGUGAGCGAGGCACCCCGGGAGAGAGUCAUUGACCUUGUAAGAUGCUGUAAAGACUCUAUUGUUCUGAUUGUGUUGCAGCCCCAUCAGUCACCUAAGUCUGCCUUUAUAAGUGCAGCCAAGAAGGCCCGCUUGAGAACCAACCCGCCUAAAGUGCGCUUUUCUGAGCAAGUGUCCAUCAGCGACCCAGACUCAACAAUGCUUAAGGACGACUCAUUGCUCCUCAUACCAAAUGUGUUGAAGGUGUUUCUGGAGAAUGGACAGAUUAAGUCCUUCACAUUUGACAGCAGGACCACCGUCAGGGAUGUGAUCUCAUCUUUACAAGACCGUCUCACUCUGCGCUACAUUGAGCACUUUGCCCUGGUCCUGGAGUCUGGGGGGCUGGACCAGAACCAGAGAUUACACCUGCUUCUGGAGAACCAGCCUUUAUCACAUGUGGUACACAGAACAUACUUCCAGGGGAUGAAGUGCCUGUUCAGGAUUUGUUUCUUCCCCAAGGACCCUGCAGACCUGCUAAGGAGAGAUCCUGCUGCCUUUGAGUACCUCUACAUACAGAGUCGCAAUGAUGUCAUCAAAGAACGCUUUGGAAUGGACUGGAAGUCUGACGUCACACUACGUCUGGCGGCACUGCAUAUCUACAUCACUGUUUCCUCUGCUAGGCCUAAUCAGAAGAUCUCUCUCAAGCAUGUUGAGAAGGAGUGGGGCCUUGAGCCUUUUCUCCCUCUCGCUCUGCUGCCAACAGUCAAGGAGAAAAAUGUGUGUAAGACACUGUCCCAGCUUCUCAAGACCUACCAACACCCACCUCCCUCUGGCAACAAGGUACCUCCACUCCAGGGGAAACUGCAGUACAUGCGUGUGCUCAACGACCUUCCCCCUUUUGGAGGACUGCUUUUCUACACUGUUGGCCUGGAUGAGAAGCAGUCAGCUACAACACUGUUGGUGGGUCCAAGACAUGGCAUCAGUCAUGUGAUAGAUCUGAAGAACAACCUGACCACAGUUCUGACCGAGUUCAGCCGGAUCACCAAGGUCCAGUUGUACCGGGAGAACCAGGGAGUAGCUCGGGUUGAGGUAUCCAUCCACGAGGCCAAGCCCCUUGUUCUGCUUAUGGAGUGGCCUGAUGCCAGUAACUUUGCCUGCCUCAUUUCUGGAUACUACAAGCUGUUUGUUGACCCCAAAAAGACCAUUUACUUCAGGACACCUGGUCAGUCUUACAUGAUCAAGGCAGAUUACAGAAGCUCCCACCAUGCCCACCCUCGCUCUGGUGCAUUGUCUGGCUCCUCAUCCAGUGGCGGUCGGCGCCUGGAGGAGCGGGACGUCCAUCAUAGAGAUGCAGGGGGGUCGCAGAGAGUUGUGGCCCCUGUGGAGCCCGAACACCUUGGCCUCUGCCACAUCCAUCUGCGAGAGCAUCAGCAGCUCCAAGAGCUGCAGAUACAGACCAAGACCGAACUUGACAUCAACCAGAACCUAAUUUCCCAAAAUCCUCCUUCUCUACCAGGACGGCCACGAACCAAGUCAGAUCCGACCCUUAAGAGUACAGAGGCGAUUGCAGAAGGCCCAGAGAGUCCCACAGUGGAAAAUGUUGGAUUUAGAACCCGGGCUCACACGCUUAGCCAAUCCCAGAAGGCAACACGAUUCUUCUGUGACUCCUGCAAGGCACGGUUGAAGUUGGAGGACAUGACCAUGAUCGGUAGUGGUGGCUCGAGGAAACACUGCUCCAGCACCUGUGCUUCCCGUGAUGGAGGGGGGGCUGUAGACCUAAUGGCUUUACCACCCCCUGGUGGAAACGAGGCAGAGGAUGAGGAGGAGGCAAAUGAUGAAGAGAAGCUACAGCCUCCACCACCUGCCAUCGCGGCCCCGCCUCCUGGCUUUAGAGACAACAGUUCGGAUGAAGAUGACGCCAAACGAGGGAAAAAGAUCGGAACUGCCUCUACUAACGGCCCAUCUGUGGCCGCCACUGGCCAAGUGGCAAAGGGGGCACAGAUCUCACAGAUGCAACAAGCCUGCAAACAGCCACAGCAGGAAGUGCCGGUGACAUUGAUAGACAACGUGACAACCAGGACAGUCCGAGACCACGCUCAGGAGCUGGAUGAUGCUCUUGUGUCCACCCUGCAGGCUCUGGAAGCCCUCGCUGCCUCGGAGGACUAUCCUCACCACCAUCAACAGCCCGCCCAGACCGCAGGUCUCAUUGUGUUGGCAGCCAUCACACCUGAGUCAUCACUGGACUCUGGCCAUGAGACCAACUCAUCCGAGCUGACGGAUGUAUCAGAGAUGGUGUCAGCUAUGAAGCAGCAUCAGAAUCAGGCCUACUUGCUGGCCCACCACAUGUCCCACAACAAGGAGCGCAUCUUCUCUAGGCGAGACUUCCCUCUUGCAAUCCCCAGCUGCACCACCCAAACACUAGGAGGCGGUGCUUUCUCCAUGGGACAGAUCCGUGCUGGCUGCCCCGCUAAAGAGGUGAUCCUCAGAAAAACGGUUCCCCUGAAGACCAGCCUUGAGCAGGAAACAGCCACGGCCCAGGGUAAUCUGGCAUCAGACCAGGAAGGUCUCAAGACAAGUCUAGAACCAGCAUCAGGCAUGCAGAAGACAGAUCAGAAAGCCAAGCCAGAGCCCAGCAAAGUCAGCAGCCCUAACCCUCCUAUUAAGUUACUUGGGGGGCUGAAGGCAUUAGACCCAGCCAAGGCUCAGACCCUACCAAUAAUUAAAAAGCAGAAGUUGUCAUUUUCUGCAGGGGGGAAACUGAGUCUAAAUCUCUCUGCUGUAGGAGCCCGGGGAAAAACACCGGCACCUCUUGGGCCUGAUCCCACCAGCCAAGCCUUACCUAUCAUCCUGUCUGUGGACAGAACAUCCUCUGCCAAGAUUUGCCCCACAAACAUGUGCCAAGAUGCCGAAUCUGCCUCUACUGAGACCACAAAGCCUCCCAGCUCCAAAGACCUACUUCCAGUAGAAGACCUGUUCUGCACAUGCCCUGUGCUUGCGGAACCGGGUUCCCAACUCAGAUUAAAGGAACCUCAGACCCAGAAAGUGAUCUUGUUUCAUUCAUCUUCCCCCACCGAUGAUGAGUGUCUAAGAGCCAAGGGGUUGCAACUGGCUGGCAGUAAAGAGAACGCAGUGAGAGCAGAUAUACUUGACCCCACUCUGGCGAAUGCCAGCCCUCAAGUUCAAACCAAGCACUCCCCCCAUUUGUCUCAGAAAACAGAUAAAAAGGAAGCAGCAGAAAACAAGGCAGAAAGCUCUCAGAAUAAAGCUCCCACCGAGCAGCAGAAAUGCACUCCCAAGUCAUUACCCCUCCUGGUGGAUCCCAUCCACGCCAGCCAUUCAGAAGAUAAGGUGUCCACCCUCCCUGCCGCUAACACUAAGAAGCAAGAUGGGGGUAAGGGAAAAGCCCAGCGUAGUGCCCCGUUCCUAAGCUUUAGGAAUUUGCUUUCGUCUACCUUUCCAGCAAGGAUGCGAAGGGAGACAGAUGAACGGCGGGCCCAGCUUCAGAAGGUUCGGCAAUAUGAGCUGGAGUUCCUUGAGGAGCUGCUAAAGCCAAAGUCUUCCCAAGGAGAGUAUUUGCCCCAGGGCUCAUCUCCAGUCGCCUCUGGGAUCCCUUGCGCAUGCCAGCUCCGUACAAGUCCAGUCCUGAAGGCCCCUGGCAUCUCUAGGGAGCAGCGACGCAGCUGUGAUUGUAAAAGGUUGUGUCGAGGCAUGCGCCUCCCUGACACCCCAGUAGGCUCCACUGCAGAACCUCAGCAACUCCGGGGCAGGGAGAGGAACAUCUCCCAAAUUCCUCAAGCUGUCACCAAAUCCCCUGACAUCCUUGGCGCCUCGAGAAAACACCAGACCCUAGAGAUAAAGACCACUCGCAUCCGCUCCACUAGCCUAGAGUCCAGGGAGCUUCGAGGGGAGCAGGCCUCUUGUCUGCCGACGUGCUCUUCUCGCUCAGAGUGCAUAGGAGCCCCCCAGUACACAAAGCUCAAGAGGAGAUAUAGCAUUGGAGAAGUUGAAAACAGUGAGAGCAUGCCACUUUAUGCAGAGGUGAAACCCAAAAUCAAAAGCCUGGAGAAAGAGAUGGAGAGAGUUAGGGCCAUGGGAGGAUUGAGGCUUCCCACUCCUGUACAACCAGUCCACACUCAGUCCCAGCAGGUAGAUGGUAAGGGAAAGAAGGGGGUGUUCUUCAUACAAGGAGAAGAGACACUGAGAGGGAGAGAAGGAGAGGGGGGCACGGAGGUGCUUCUGAACAUACCAUGCGAGGACAACGAUGAUCGGGAGAAAUGCUGUUCCUUCUGCUUCUGCUACAGGAAGUGUGAAGCGGCAGAUGAGAGCAGUGAGAAGGAUGAGCUGUCCUACUCCAUCCCUCUUAAGGUACUGCCAGGUAUGCAGAUGGAUUCUGGCACCCUGCCUGUGGUAAGCAAGACCUUGCAAGUGCUUAAUGCAGAGGAUUGCAGUGGGGAUGAGGCAGAAGAGGAGGAGGAGGAGCCCCAGACUCAGGAUAUAGACCUGAGGGCUUGUGGAACUCUGGAGAGUAGUUUGGCAAGGGUGGAGGCACUGCAGGGGAAGGACUUCACCCUGCCCGAUGGCUUCCUCAAUGCCCAGCUGGAUGCAAACGAGCUGCUCUCCAUCCUACGCCAGUGCGCCAACAGCCCCCAAGUGGAAGUGGACAACCGCAUCCAGCCAUCUCGUAUUGGCGAGUACAAGCAAGAGCUGGCAGUACGCUUCAAGGAGUUACGGGCAUCGUGCCGUCAUGUGGCAAGCGUGGAGAAGAGCCCCUCGAGGAUGCUGAGCGCUGUUACUGCUAGUUUCCAAGUCCUGUGUGACCUCACUCAGACCUUUAUAAAAUUGGUGGGAGGGUUGCGUUCUGAGGCGCAGCGGCUGCAGCUGCUCCGGAAAGUGGAGGAGGUGGCCAUAAACUACACUCUACUCUUACGUGCAGCAGAGGAGUCCAUGGGAACUUCUAGCAGCCUGCCCACCAAGAGUGUCAGCCCUCAAGUCCGUACUUCUACCACAAAUAUGAGCUCUCUAACCCGCCCAAUUAAAACCUUGCCCAUCCAGUAAAUACCUUAACCGUAGGAGUUGGUAGUUAGUAACAGCUAUAAUAUGUUGCAGUAUAUGGUAAGCCAAGACAGGUGCUCACCUAAUCAAUAACGUAUUUAUUGUUUACAUUUUUUAUAGGAAGUGCAAUGACCUACAGAAAAUAUUGCAAUGCAACUGCUCCAUUCCAUGUUUACAAGGGAUGUGGCAACCUGUAGUGGAUAUUUAUGGAGCUUAUGGACCAGUAUUAUCACCAUAGCAUAGAAAUGGUGAGACAGCAAAACUUAAGGAGCAGUGGAUGCCAGAACAUUGACUUUCAUACGGCUUUGUCAUUUUUCAUAUGUACUGUACCAUUACGUUUUAUCUUUUUGAGAAAUGGUAUAGUUUGUGGGAACCCACAGAUGAGAGUAAUAUUUAGAAUAUAUAUUGAUGAAAAUUAUAAAGAGUAUAUCUAUACUUACUGUCAGACAUAAAUGAUGAUGUGCUCAAAUCUACUAUGAGAAUUUUUUUAAGCAGCAAAUAUGUUAAUUGGGUACCACCUCAAGCUUCAGUGGGUUAGUAGGUCAUGUGUUUGCUAGUUAGUUUACAAUUUAUACUAUUGUGACACUAAAUGGAGUUCUCCUUGGUCAGGGGCACAGGUUUCAUUGUGUGUGAAAACGUUUUGAAAAUCUGUCGCCCUCACGUUUUAAAAGAAAAUUAUAUUUUACGGCCACAUCAGUUCCAAAAAAAGCUGCCCCUCUUAUGUUUGAAAACAAACCUACGCCCCUGCCCUUGGUUUAUGGCGAACCAAAUGGUGAAAAUGGUUUUAUAUUCCAUUAUGUUGCAUAUAAGUUACUGCUGCUGAUAAUUUCCUCCACCACACCUGAGACUCCAUGGCUAGAGGGGUUCCUCGCUAUCAUGUCAUAAAACCUUGUUUCAUAAAUGUGGGUUUUAGAAUCAGAAAUCUAUCAAUAUGUAUACAGCAUAUACAGUUCUGGAAAGAAUUAAGAGACCACU